CGUUCUCGUUCUUUUUAUGUUGUGUUGACAUUCACUAUGUUUAUUUUAGUAAUUUUUUUUUUUUUUUUUUUUUUUUUUUUUUGCAUUGCUUGAUAACGUCAAUGCAAUGUCUCCAACUGCAGUUAAUAUGUGAGUGUGUGUGUGGUCUGCAGUCCCUGAAGGGACCCCGGAAACGCACCGCUCCAGUCGACGGCGCGCCUGCAGCUUCCAGGAAGCGGAACGAAUGAAGUUCAUUUUUCACAGCUGGUGAUGGCGGAUGCUGUCAAAAUAGACACCAUGAAGAAUUAUAACAUAGCGUUUGAGAGGAUAGACCCCAGCAUAAGCCGCUAUCCCUACUGUAUCGUAUGGACGCCAAUCCCCGUGUUAUCAUGGCUGUUUCCGUUCAUUGGCCACAUGGGCAUCUGCACGUCCACUGGAGUGAUCCGUGAUUUUGCAGGUCCAUACUUUGUCUCAGAGGAUAACAUGGCAUUUGGAAGACCAACAAAGUACUGGAUGUUAGAUGCGAGUAAAGUAUAUUCCAGUGGGUCUAACGCUUGGGACACAGCCGUCCACAAUGCAUCAGAAGAGUAUAAACAGAGAAUGCACAACCUUUGUUGUGACAAUUGUCACUCGCAUGUUGCCAUGGCACUGAACUUGAUGCACUAUGACAACAGCACCUCAUGGAAUAUGGUGAAUCUUUGCCUGCUCGCACUUAUUCAUGGAAAACAUGUCAGUUGUGCGGGCUUUCUGAAGACUUGGCUUCCGUUCUUCAUCCUAACCAUUGUCAUCCUAGUAGCAGCCCUUUGUCUAAACCUGCGAUGACCAGACCUGGAUCAAGCAGAGGUGGGCAGUUCAGGGUGGGUGGGUUAUUGAGACCAGCACCCUGCAGGAAACCCAUUUCUCCAGCUUACAGUGGGACUCCAAUACAUGUCAACUGGACCAGAGGGGUCAACACAACCCAGUCCAACUCUUCCAAACAUACAGGAGCUCAACAUCAAAACUCUAAUGCAAGAUCUCUUUGUUGUAGGGUAGAGACCACAAAUCCACCAUAGCUUUAAUGUCUCAUGGGGAUGUAAGAUACUAUUCUCAAAACCGUGUCUUACAAAGGCAUGAUUUUGCUGUCACUCUUAAAGAUUAUGGUGCUCAUUUAUUGUUUGGUUAGAUUUUGAUCUCCAAACUAGAACUGCUGUAUAGGAAAAAUAACACUAUAACUUUUAAAUAUAAAUGUCUUAUAUUUUAAAUAUAACUUGAAUAUACAUUUCUAAUGAUUAUUGUAGAACAAAAGCAUUGAGUUGUUGUAAGAUGGAUUUCCUUUUAAAAUGAACACUCAUCUACAGUAUAUUUACACUUUUAAAAUGUAGUUUCAUUUAAAGAUAACCACGUUGGCUUUCUUUUUGACGAGGCUUAACAGCGUCAUGGCUUCACAAAAAUUGUAUAGAUUUUGCUUUUAAUGGUGUAGCUUGGCAUGCUUUCAGAGUAAUUUGUUCCAUGUUUUUAUACAAAAAUAUAAUUACAUAUAGAGUUUAGCACCCAAAAAUUGAUAAAGCAGCUGAUUAAGCAGUCUUGUUUGCAUUAUGUAAAUUUACAAGCAUCAUUUGUAUCAAACUGCCUGGCCAGCUAAUCUUAUAUUGCAUGAUAUACUGUCAACAUGUACCAGCAAUCACGACCCAUUUUACUUCCAUAAUGUGACAUAUUUCGGAGUGAAACAGGACAUUCGACAAGAAAGCAAUUGAUUGAUAAAUGAUUGUAAUGUGAAAAGUGGGUGUUCUAUAUUAGAAUGGAGCCAGUUGAUUGGAGGAGAAGGGUCAAAAAGUAAGGGGGAUUCGUUACAUCAGCCAAAAGCAGGGGCAGACUGGUCAUAGGGAGAUGGCCAUGGGCCGGCCGCAAAACGGGGCCGAACAGCCGAACACCUGUAUUUUAGUUUUUAUUACUUUGUGUUGUGUUUUGUUUUUGUGUCUAAACACUACUAGAUGACAUGCAGCAAAGCUCCCAAAUUAAUAUGAACAAGAAAUAUCGACAAGAUAUAUGAAAGGAAAUACUGUCAUAUUGACCAUUAAUAACAACUUGCACAUUUUACAUAGUGUAAUGAAAAACAACAUUAAUGAAAACAUGAUUUGUGUUCCAUAAACUCAGGGAUGUGGGUAAUGUUUAUCAAGAGACUCAUGAAUUACAGUUAACAUGAGACAUAAUUCGCAACCAAUUUUACUUCUAUAAUGUGACACAUUUCUGAGUGAAACAGCAUAUAUUUGGUGAGAAACAUGUAGGGCGGUACUUAAUUUUAUCCAUCAGGAAUUGAUUGGAUUUUGAAAAGAGAUGGAGAGGGGUUGAAAUAUAAGGCACUUGGUGAUGUCAGCCAAAAAAGGAGUCAUUUUGUAAGAUGAACAAGUUAUUGUUUUAGGAUGUCAUUUUGAUUAUGAUGAUUACGAAGAAAAGCUAUUUGCUUCUUUGGAAUAAUGUGCACCAGUCCUUUACAAUAAGACCAGGAAUGUGCAUUAAGAAAGUAAUUAGGGUCAGUUUUCAUGUUGAUUUUAAGCAGGUGCAUGGCUAAAAGUGUUUUACAUUAAAUGGAUCCGAUUGGUUUAUCACCUAGAUUACAGCCAACCUCCAUUACUGUAAUCCAGAACACUGUUCUCUCUUUUAUCUCUGUUAGAGAUCUGUUUGUCUUUCUCCACUAUUAAGUUUGCAUUUAGUUUCAAACACAAAUUGAAUCAGGUGGUAAUUCUAGACUAAGUUUUGAACACCAAAUCCGUUUCCAUGGCUGCUGUUCCAUAAUUAAAUCUACCCUUUGUUUGACUCAGAGAGCCAAAAACAAAAAUCAGAGAGCCCCCCGCCUUCUGGCUCCAUUGUCCCCUUACUCUAUUACUCCCUUCUCACAUUUUUUUUUUCUUUUCCUCUUUCACAGUCCCUCACUCUUUGGAAGUAUUGCCAAGAGCAGCAGGUAGCCAAGUGUUUUAAACCCUUUGGAAACUCUUACUAAAGAUCUUCAGAUUGGCUAGUGUGUUUGAGGAGUGUGGCCUCUGCUGGUACCAGCUAGAGCUGAUCAGAUUAGAGAGACGCUGUGAAAUAUAAUUGACUGGCCUGCUUACCUACGGGUUUCCUGUCUUCAAAGACGUGAACUGGUGGAUCAGAAGCUCACUUGACUGUUUUGGUUUUUAAAGUUGCUGCAGCCCAGAAGUUCCCAGUUCCUGUUUGUAAUCCCUGAAAACUAAUGGCAUUCCACAGGGUUUAUACUUUUAUAAAAUAUAAAAAUGAAUUCACUGAUGGAGUUUUACUAUGGUUCUGAUAUAUAAAAUGUAAAAAUGUACUUGGCACUUUCCAUGAAUAGGGAACAAACUAGGACUUGAAACCAAAAGUUUCAUCAUAUAGAGUGAAAUGUAUGGUUCCUUGAUCCCGCCACGUAUGAAAAAUAAAAAAGCUAAUUCUCACUUUAUAUCUCACAAUUCUGACUUUAUUUUUCUCCAUUAAGAGAAAUGAGCAAUUGUGUGAUAUAAAACUCACAGAUUUGAGAAAGUCACAAUUGUACGUUUAAAUCACAAGAUUUAAACUCGCAAUUUAGUUUGUCACGCAACUGCGACUUUCUCUCAAUUGCGAGACAUAAUGUCGAAAUUGCAAGAACAUAAAUCAGUGACAAACUUGUAACUAAAUUGUGAGUUUAUUUCUCAUAAUUGCGGGAUUUAAAUUUGCAAUUCUGACUUUAUUUCUCGCAAUUACGAUGAAAACAUUUUACAAUUUAGUUUGUCACGUAGUUGCAGGUUUAUGUCUCUGGAUUGUUGUUGCAGACUUAUGUUUUGACUUUAUAUCUCACAAUUGUGAGAAAUAGUCGAAAUUACAAGACAUAAAGUCACAAUUGCGAGAAAUAAAGUCGAAAUUGUGAGAAAGUAGCUAUUGUAAGGUUUAAUACACUUCUAUAGGUUUUAUAGACUAACUCGGAAUUGUGAGUUUAUAUCUCGCAGUUGCAACUUUAUUUAACAUAAGUCAGUGACAAAAUCAGUGACAAACUUGCAACUAAAUUGUGAGUUUAUUUCUCGUAAUUGCAGGAUUUAAACUUGCAAUUGUGACUUAUUUCUCGAAAAAGAACAUUU